ACCUAGUUAGAAAAUAAGUCGCAUUAAAAUAUCUGAAAUGACAGGAUCAAGUCAGAUCAAACUUGCAUGGACUUAUAACACAGUAGGCAACCUAUUAGUUUUGCUGACAGCAACUGCAAACCGUACAGAAGUUUCCAAACUUCAAAAGGUAAGUUGGCUCAGAAGCAUCUUAAGCUAAAGACCAGUCCACCUGUAACUAUCAAAAAAGGGACAAAAAAAUGAAAGCAUAGCAGGAAUACUAGGUAGAAUAUGUGAGCUAAUAUCGCUGGACAAUCUGCCAGGGUAAGCAUGGAAAACAAGUUCAAUUAUUGUAGACUAGACGCCUGCAUCUGCAGCAUGGGGGAUGAAUUAAGUCAGGUUAGAACGCUGGAUCAGAACAUCUGUCUGCAGAACCCAUGAGGGUCUAGAUGCGCCUAAGCUCCUGACAAGUUCCCUUUCAGUAUUCCCAGGAUGAAUUAACAAUGCUUUCACCUAUUAUGGUUUGUUUUUGUUUUUUAAAGACAAGUUUUCUCUAUUUAGCUCUGCCUGUUCUGUAGGGCUCUGUAGAGCAAGCUAGCCUCCAACUCAUGAAGAUCCCCCCCCCCCCACCUCUGCCUCUGCCUCUUGAACGCUGGUAGUAAAGGCACAGGCCACCACCACCUGGCUUGUGGAUUACUUUGAGUUGACUGAUUUGCAUUUUCACAUUUUAGUACCAUACUACAAACGAAACAGCUGAAUCAACUGUUUGGAGACGCAGAACCCUUAGAAAAGUAAAAAUUAUUAUUACGAACCAUGAAACUAUCCUGUUCUCUUUUCCCAGAACUGCUAAAAUGACCUUGGUGGACAAAGUUAGGGAAGUUAGCUAGAGUUAGAGAAUGCCCCCGAGGAGCACACCCAUGGUUACUGAGAAGUUCAGUCAGUAAACAUCAACAGCUUUGGCCAAGCCUUUCUUCAAGCAUGCUUAUUAAAUUGGCUUUUUUAUUAUUUAUUACUAUUAAUCUUUGCUUUUAAAUAUCCAUAUAUCAUUACUUUGAAUUGUUUUAAAAGCCACUCAGCCAGCCCUGAGCUAGUGGGUCAUCUGUUCUUGCUCCAGCACUAAAGGAAGACAGAAAGCUUCCUCCCAAGCCAUGAUGGAUAUGGACUCCGAGUUACACUCACAAUGGAUAUUUCACAACUUCCCUUGAAAAUGAUUAUGUGGCCUAAUUUUUCUCCCACUUAAAAGGUGGCUGUUCAAAAUAAAGAAAGUAAACAAAUUAAUUAAAAAAUAAGGGUUAGCUAUUCAAUAUUAAUUUAAGCCAUCAGGACUACCAUUUAACACUGGAGCUUAUCAAGUUGGUAUACUGUGUGUAACCCAAUUUUAGGGACUUGUAGAACUCAAUACCCCUCCUGGAACUGCCUCAAAAAUCAUGUUCAUCUUAGUUGCCUAUUUUCUUAUAUUCUUUUUUCUUUUUUGUCCGUUUUGUUUUUUGCUUUGUUUUGUUUUUGUUUGUUUGGUUGGUUGGGGGUUUUUGUUUGUUUUUUCGAGACAGGGUUUCUCUGUAUAGCCCUGGCUGUCCUGGAACUCAGAAAUCCUCCUGCCUCUGCCUCCCAAGUACUGGGAUUAAAGGUAUGUGCUGCCACCGCUCAGCAUUUUCGUAUAUUCUUAUUCUUCAAAACUAAUCUCUACAGUCAAUUUAGCAAAGCUCAAAGAUAGCAAUGAUCCAAAGAAGUACAGACUAGAAGCAAGAUCAAAUUUUUCCUUGGCACUGGCUCCCUCAGUUUUACAAAACCUAGACAUAUCUCUUCCCUCCUGUGAGGUCCAACUCUCAGUCCAAGAGGGAUGUGGAAAGGAUAUGAUGCCCAACUAACAAACUACGUGAACUCUAGUCACUAACAACUGUUGACAGGCUCCACAUUCAGGAUGUUCUGCCUGUUUUUGAACCCAAAGACACAGAAUUGGGGUAAGGGUCUAACUUUGCUAAGUUAGAACAAAGGAUAGGUUUUGGGUGAACCUUUUGGCUAGAAAAACAAGAGUAUUGUUUACUGCGCCUACAAACUUGCAAGAAAAAAAAAGAGUAAAAAAUAAUUUAUGAUUUUAUUUUUUAAGUAGGCUGGAUAUAGUGGUGCAUGCCUUUAAAGCCAGCCUUGGGAGGUAAGACUCAGGUAGAUCUCUGUGAACUUAAGGCUAGCCUGGUCUACAUAUCAAGAUCCAGGAUAACCAGGGCUAUGUAAAGAGACUGUCUAAAAAAGAAAGAUCGAGAGACAGAGGACAGGGAAGAUCAAGGAGUUAACAGGCUUCAAACAGAACAAUUUUGGUUUUGCACUGAACAAAGACACUUGUCAUUUAUGCUUUUGUUCCUUUCCACAAACAUUUGCUGAGUUCUACAACAAAGCAAUCUGACAUUUAAUAGCUGAAUAUUUAACUCUAAAUCAAAGUCUGGUUCCUGGAUGGACUAAUCUACUCCAAAGUUCAGUCUACAGGAGCCAGGGUGGUGCCUCUUUCCGUCUGCUUGUCAAAUACCCAAGAAGCAAGAGGGAAGCUGAGGGGCAGCGGUCCUCAAAGUGGUCCCUGGACCAACACCAGCAAUUUUCUACAAGUCCCAACUCUCGGCUGCCAGUCUGGGGAACAAGUUUUGGAGGUGAGCUUUCAGUCUUGUUUUAGGGGAGUCCCCAAAAUGAUUUCGAGGACACAAUGGAGAACCAUGGCUGCAUAUAAACAAUGGAUUUUACUAAUGUGAGAGUAAAUGAAAUGAGUGACAAGACUUUUUCAAAUGCAAAUUUCUUAACUAAAGUAAUAAUGUUCAUUCAAAAGAAUAAAACAAUGAAACUCUGGAAUAUUAGAAUAGUAAAAUAAAAUAGAAUGUUUCUAAAUGCUUGCUUAGAACAAUAAACUGGUAUAGAACUUCCCUAGCUUGUCGCUUUUUUCAUAAAACUAGAUAAAACCACGUAUCUCUCCACUGGCUUCUCAAAAUAAAAUCUUCACUCAAUUUCCUUAAUGAAGGUUCAGUCUUCAGAUUUAUAAACAAAAAUCUAUAGUCCUUCCUAAUGCCACAGAAAUUACCUCAGGCUGACAUCAUCUCCCAGGGGCCCUAGUCUCAGGUGUAGCAGCCUGAGCUCCCUCCAACCACUCACUAUCUAGACUAUCUAGAACAAUAGUUCUUAACCUUCUUGAUGCUGCCACACUUUAACACAGGUUCCUCAUGCUGUGGUGACCCCCAGCCAGUUAUUUUCAUUGCUACUUGAGACUUUUGCUAUGGUUAUGAACCAUAAUAUAAAUAUCUGUGUUUUCAGAUGUCCUUAGAUGACCCCUGUAAAGGGUCAGUCAUUAGACCGACACCCCCCCCCCCAAGAGGUUGCUACCUGCAGGUCGAGCAGUCUACCAUUCAAACCUAACUAUGUCACAUCAUCCUACUAAAACUAAAUGUCUGUGACUCCAGACUACAGGAUCAAACCCAAGGUCCUAACCCUCUCUACAAGUUCUGCUCCCUUAUGCUCAACUCAAGGCCACUACUUAAUACAUUCUAAAUGGUCUCUGUUUUCUCUUUUCUUUGUGCUUUUCUUAUCCAAUCUGCUCCCUGAGUUUCUUUGGCAACUCCAGAUCCCUGGAGACUGUUGGAGGCAGAGUCCACAAGAGAGAGGCGACUCCUUCAAGGAGUUCAGUGUAAGUUGUCCACUGGAGUUGUGAAGAAAACAUACACUUACUUGGAUGUUAUCUUUUAAAUACUCAUAUGCUUGUUUGAAUGUUAUCCUUUAAACCUAUUUAUAGUACUAGUUAGCACAUUCAAAACAAAUUGUUUAUAAAUAUAUAUUUAUUAGGAGUUCCUGUUCAGGUUUUUUCCCCCUCUUUAAUGGCAGGGCAGGGCAACGGAAUAGGGAAAGGACCAACAAACUUGCUAGUGUAAGAACCUAUGUACCCACCCCUCUGAGGAAAACCUAAAAUCGCUCCAGGACUCAUUACUGUGACUGAGGCAACUUUUGACCAGGUCCUGUGUCUCCCACGAUCUCUAGAGGGACUGUUCCCAGGGACUUUCCCAGGGUGUAUUUAAUUCACUAGGGAUGAAAGCACCUCUCCAAGAUCACAGUGCUGGGACGACAAUCAUGACAGGUUGUGAGAAUUUAAAGGAUAUUGGGGAGAGGGGAGGGAGGAGGUCUGUUCCCACCUAUUUGUUUCUGAUAGGUCAUAAAAAUAACUGAGUCAGUCAAGCAUGUCCAUCAGACUCAGGAAACAGGCUCAAGCUUUUUUUCAGCUCAGUAGCAUCCUGUCAUUAUUUACAGUUUUUCAGGAACAGGGAAAUGACCACAGGGAUAGCUAGCUUAUCAUUACUACUACUCAAGUGGCCAUAGAUGAACAGACCUUAGAGCGCUUUGAAGGCUAGAAAUGUGGCUCAGAGGUAGAGGGGCUUGCCUACCAUACUCUGAAUUCUUCUAUGUACAAUUUCUCAAUAGAGAAAGACCUUAUGGUGCUUUGUUUCAAAUUCCCUCUGUGAGACAGGUCUGCACUCAAUGAUAAUAUAUUCAAAUAAGGAUUCAAGUGGGUGGAAACUCAAGAGACACAACACCCAGCUGUUGUGCAACCCACAAAGGUUAAAACCUUUCUAAAUUUGAUACAUCUUAUGAUGCAGUUUACAAAGAAACAAACAAAAAAGCAAGAAGGAGCAGAGCAAAACAAAGCAUGCCAACCUUCUUAAGACCAGAAAUACACAAGCCCACUUGGAAAGAGAAACAAUUCUCACACCCGCAUGCCCAACUUCCCCACCUGGAUACCUCCGCUGGCUCUUUUCCCGAGCUCCCUCCAGGCGAGCUAAGGAAAGGCUUCAUGGCUUGACCUUCUGCGUCUGGUGCGCGAUCAUCUAGGAUGUCCUCCCCCUCCCAGUGAACUGCAGGACACACGACCGCGUCCAAAAAAACAAACGAAAUCUCCCUCUUGCAACGUUACGUGUGUAAAAACUCGAGUGCCUUCCCUAGAUGACCACUAGGUUAUUAACUCCAAAUAGGACCCGGGCCAUCCCCCCCAGACCGAGCCGUUUGGGAAGCCGACAGGAAGAGAGUCCUAGGUGGCUCCAAAGUAAGAUUCGGUCCACCUUCUAUUCUAGGAACACCCUCCAUCCCUAGGGGCCAAUGCGCGCCAGGCUUGUCACGCUGCACGUCGCCGAGGGGCAGGUUCUGGAGGGACCACCUGGUACUCCAUCCCUUCCCCGACUGUGGUUGCAUCAGACGCCGCUCCGGGCCCCCGCCCGCGCCGCCAAGCCGCCAGGAGCCUUCCGGGCCAACCUGCCGAAUCGGGCAGGGCCGGGUCUCCUCCGGCCGGGUCGGCGCCUACGCGAGCGGCGGGCUCGGCCGCGGCCUCCUCCCCCAACCCCUCCGAGCUACAACCCGCGGCCUCCUUACCUGCGCCUCCGGCCGGCCCGCCCGCCCCCAGACGGCCUCCACUCCGAGCGGCCCCGCGCGGCGCGGCCCGACCCGACCCGACCCAGGCCUCGCAGCCCGCGAGUCGGCGAGGAGGAGCGACGGUUACGAAACCGGCAACCUCCGCCCGUUCCGCCACCGCGGCCACCGGUUUUCCCCGCCUCUUCGGGUCCGCGCGCUGCCGCCGCCGCCGUGACCAAUAGAAGCGCUGCUUGGAGAACGACGCGCUCGCCUCUAGAGAUGGGCAGCUCCACCAGCCAAUCACAGGCCGUGUGCCGGCGAGAGGCGGGCGCGCGGCGGAACGGGCGUGGUGGGCGUGGCAGCACCGGCGCUGGCUGGAGGCGCGCUCGGUGGUUUCCCCCUUAGGCUGUCGGUGGUGGCAGGCGGUGGCCCUGAGCCUUGGGAGUGACCCAUGGCAAGCAAAGUUCUAUCAGAGUUACGAGGGCCUCACCUGCCUUAGGGAAAAGACAUUUCCUCAGGUGGAUUUUUGAGUUAGGGUGGGUUUUUUGUUUGUUUAGGCCUCACGGCCCUGAGGCAUCUGCACAUUUAUUUUGAUAAAAGCACGUUAAGGAAAAACUGUCCAGUGCUAGGGUUAGCACUUGUCAGACGCUUGACAACAGCAGACUGUGGCUGCCGAACAAAUCACGAUUUCCAAAGUGUGCUCACCUCCGGAGAGCAGAUGAUGGAUAUGAGGUGCUCUCUUAAAAGUGACAAGUGGUCCAGCCUGGGUCUCCCGGGAACAGUUCACAAGAGAAUCAAAAAGCGGGUUUUUUUGUUGUUUUGUUUUGUUUUGUGUUGCUUUUUGUUUUUGUGUUUUGAAAAACAGGAAGCAGCGCUGGGUGGAAGGCAGAGCCUGCCCGAAAGGUUUGAUUGCUUCCUCUUUAGCAAUGCUUAUCAUUCAAAACUCUCUGGCUUUCAGAAGGGAAAUGUUUCUUCAUCGCCAAGGCCAGGAGAGCAGCUCUCCACAUAAGACUUCGAGGAAUCCCUGAGAGAUGAAAAUACCUGAAAAAAAAAAAGUCAACCACAGAGAAUGACCCCUGAUAACCCCAUGCACACUUGGGGAGCUAAUGUCUCAAAACCAGUCAGUAUGUUUCUUUAGGUUUGGAUCGCUGUGUUAAGAGCCAUUUUUUUCCCAAGACUUAGCACUAUGAAAGGUGAACCGUGCUUUGUUUCUCACAAAGACCACGAUUUUACCCCUAAUGUUUUCUAGUCAUAUAAAAACUAUCGAAAAUAAAAACAUCCUUGCAUGUCA